UCAAACUAUUCCUCGAAUCAUCAAGUACUAGAACUAUCCUUCACAGCCAACAUGGAACCUUCCAUCCCAUCCAGCAUCAAAACCCGCUUCCUCAUCCUCUCCGACACCCACGGCCACGAGCUCCCCGAAGAGUGCUACACCCAGCACCACGCCGACGUAGUGAUCCACUGCGGCGACCUGACCGACAGCUCCUACCUGACCGAAUUCCGCACCACGAUCCAGCUCCUCCAGAAGCUCCACGCGCCCCUCAAGCUGGUCAUCCCCGGCAACCACGACUUCACCCUGGACACCCCGACCUUCCAACAGAAAGUCAAAUCCAGCGGCCUCGACCACAGAGAAGACGACCGCCGCCUCGUGCGGCAAGUCUACGGGGACUACGGGGAAGUCCGCAGGAAGCUCUUCACCGACGACCUCCAGCAAACCAGCGGAAUCACCCUGCUCGACGAAGGCAUCCAUGUCUUCCGCCUGGCCAACGGCGCGCGGCUGACCGUCUACGCCAGCCCGUACACCCCCUCGCUCGGCGGCGACUGGGGCUUCCAAUACCACCCGGACACGAGCCACGAGUUCCAGCUCGACAGCAGCGGCAGCAGCAGCAGCAAUCAAAUCGAUGUGGUCAUCACCCACGGCCCGCCGCGCGGGAUCAUGGAUUACACUACUAGUGCUACGCAUGGGUGCGGACGCCGCGCCGGCUGCCCCGACCUGUUCAAGGCCAUCGCCCGCGCCCGACCCCGAAUGCAUUGCUUUGGACACAUCCACGAAGGGUGGGGGGCGAUGGUCGCGCACUGGCGGCCGCCGCCGCCAGAAACCCGCCCUCAUCCUCAAGAUCGAAGUCAGGAUGGUGUGACCACCACCCGAAACGAGCCAUCGCACUUCACGGCCAUCGACCACGGCCGAUCGACCAUCCUCAGUAAGCUUGCGCGGCUGGAUCAACAUCCAGGGAAGCAGACGGCCCCGGCGGUCAUGGAAACAAGCCACUGCACGGGGGACCCGAUCCCGUUAACCCACCCUGGGGGCGGGGAGCAGACGUUGUUCGUGAAUGCCGCCGUGCAAGGCUGCAGCGAGGACUUUCCCACGCACCCGUUAUGGCAAAUCGAUCUUGAGCUGCCGACGCCGCGUGCGGCUGCUAUUUGA